AUGGAUGAUAGAAAUGUGAGCAUGACAACCUAUUUUAUUAUUACUGGCAUUUCAGGCCAGCCUUCAUUCCAUUUUUUUGUUUUUCUCCUGGUUUUGCUCAUUUAUCUCAUCACUCUUGGAGGUAAUGUGACCAUCUUCCUCCUUGUUUGUCUAGAUCAUCAUCUCCAUACACCCAUGUAUUUUUUCUUAGCCAACUUGUCUAUCUUGGACAUUAGUUGUUCUACAAUCACUCUUCAUAAAAUCCUUACUUCUUUUAUAUCAGGAGAUAACACUGUCUCAGUUUCAAAAUGUCUUGUGCAAAUUUUUGCCUUUUUGUCAUUGACUUGUGAUGAAUUGCUGGUUUUGGCAGCUAUGAGUUAUGAUCGUUAUGUUGCUAUCUGCAGACCUUUACAUUAUCAUCGUGUCAUGAAUUCUAAGCUUUGUGUACUUUUGGCCUGUUUAUGUUGGGUAUGUGGUUUCCUUGAAAGCCUACCAACUUUUAUGAAGACCUUUGAAUUAACAUGUUAUGAGUCCAACAUGAUCAACCAUUUCUACUGUGACAUUGUGCCUGUCCUGAAGCUGUCAUGCAGUGACACAUCUUUUCUCCAGCUCUAUAUUCUCACUGUAGGGGUGAUGGUUUGUGGUUUUACACCAUUUGCCCUUACGUUCAUCUCCUACAUUUUCAUAAUUGCCGCUAUCUUGUCCAUACGUUCUAGCAGUGGCAGACGUAAAGCCUUUUACACAUGUUCCUCUCACCUUAUAGUUGUCGUCUGUCUCUAUGCUUCUCUUUUUUUGCAAUAUCUGAGGCCGACGUCAUCCAUCAAUUUAGGUUCAAAUAAAUAUUUUUCUUUGUUUAAUGCAGCUGCUGUCCCUAUACUGAACCCCCUGAUCUACAGCCUAAAGAAUAAAGAUGUGAAAGCGGCUAUAAAGAGAAGAAUAAGAUUUGAUUUAGUAUCAACCAGUAUUCGGGGUCAUAAUCAGGAAAUUUAA